GACAAAACGAAGUCGUUUAGUUAGCCGCUCGCUCACUGCUUCCCUUCCGUCUUGUAAUCGAAAACAUUUGUCGUCACUUAGCUCCGGAGCUCGAUCUUGCUCAUCCUCUCAGCGGCAGGAACAAGGGCACACAAUGAAUGCUACAACAUCACAAAAUCUCGAAGCUUUAGCGUCUAAUGAUGUUCCAGUGAAUGUAUACAUAUGGGACAUGGACGAGACUCUUAUCUUGCUUAGAUCUCUGUUGAAUGGGACUUACGCUGAGUCUUUCAAUGGCUCUAAAGAUGUUAAAAGAGGUGUUGAGAUUGGUGAGAUGUGGGAGAAACACAUUCUUAAAAUCUGUGAUAAUUGUUUCUUCUACGAGCAAAUUGAGGAUUGUAAUGAGCCGUUUAUUGAUUCAUUAAGGGAGUUUGAUGAUGGCAAGGAUCUUUCUAGGUAUGACUUUAAGCAAGACGAGUUUACUUCUCCAACUGAUGACUUGAACAAGAGGAAACUCGCCUAUAGGCAUAGAGCCGUUGCGCAGAGAUACGAAAAGGGUUUAUCUCCUCUUGUUGACAGUGGAACAAUGAGUGUGUUGGAUGAGUUGUAUGAAGUAACAGAUGGAUACACAGACCGGUGGCUUUCUUCUGCAAGAGCCUUCUUGGAGCAAUGUUCAAAUGUUAAAGAAGAUGGAACAAAUCAAAGCUCUCAGGAUAUACAUAUUUUAGUGACUUCUGGGGCACUUAUACCAAGCCUUGUGAAGUGCCUGCUCUUCCGGCUAGAUCCUUUCAUUAGACAUGAAAAUGUGUACAGUUCAAUAGAUGUGGGGAAGCUACAAUGUUUCAAAUGGAUCAAGGAGCGUUUCAACCAUCCGAAGUUCAGAUUCUGUGCGAUUGGGGACGGAUGGGAAGAGUGUGCAGCCGCUCAGACGAUGCAAUGGCCUUUCGUUAAGAUUGAUUUGCAGCCGACUAGCUCCUAUAGAUUCCCUGGUGUAACGCCUAAGACUGUGAGCUAUUACUUUGCUGCUGUAUAUGGGAACUCUGAUGCUGAUACCAACAAAGAUUAAGCACCAGAAAAGGUUUCAUCUGUAAGAUAUGCAAGUAACCCAACAAAAUCCAUUCGUCUACACAUUCAAACUCACCAUUGUUUAUACAUAUCAUUAAGCUGUGGUAAUUCAGCAUCUGGCAUCUAUAAACCAAGCAGCUCCCCUUGUAGUUUUAUCUUAAAGCUUUUAUUUUUGUUGCAAUAUUUGAUUGUUAGUUACUACGCUUACUUGAAGUCUGAUUUGUACAGAUGUGUUGCUUCUACUCUGUCGCAAAUGGCUUGUUAAUCGAAUUUGUUGCAAUAACAACCUAGUGCAGGCUCAUAGUCAUCA